GAAAUGAAAUUUGGUUGUAGAUAGGUCUGUUUCAUUGCAUAUACAGUGUCCAGAAUUGGCACAGAGCACAAGCAAAACAAAAUAACAAUUUCUCUUAAUUAGAAAACAGAGUUUGCCGGCUUUUGGCAAUUCAAAAUUCAACCUUAAUCACAAUCCCCAACUUCUCUCUCCAAUCCUUAUUUGUAGAUCUCAACCAACUCUGAUAUUACAAAGAAAAUAAGAUAAUGAUUAAAAACAAAGAAGAGGCAUAGUCUAUAUCUAUCAUGCUUCUCUUGUCUUGUAGCUUCAGAAAGGCUUAAACAAAACAUCAAAUCCUCCAAAUCAACAGCACACCUAUGCCUUAAAAUAUGCUUCCUAACGUCUCCUUCCAAAAUUCGCAGCUAAUCUAUUUAGUUUUUUAAGCACACAACUCUAAUGACUUCAUCCUCUACGUUUUUGGUCAAACAAUAAGCAUUUCUUUCAAUUUUUUCUCUGUUUCUCAGACAAGUUCAGGCCACAGAAUGACUCUUGAAGAACCAGAGCCAAACCACAUCUCAGAUCACAUAUUGGAUUGGUUGGAAGAUUCAGCAUCUUUCUUGCCUUCAUUCUUGGAUGAUCCUUACAGUUCUAGUGAUAUCUAUAGCUAUCAAUGGUGGAAUCAAACUGAAGAAAUUUGCCAAGAUCCGAUCAACAAUAAUGCAAGUCUCAGCAGCAGCACCAGCACCGCCGUAAAUGCUGAUUCCACCAGCCUUAUAGAAGCAAGUAACCCCACCACUUCCAAUCAUCAGCAACUCUCCAAUCUGUCGAGGAAACGGGAAGCUGCCGAUGACCCACUUCCUCAAACAUCCCAUCAUCAUCAGAGAAAGAAACAGAAUCAUCGGAUAAGCAAUGAAGAUCAAGAUGGUGAACAAGCAGUUGAAGUGGUAGCAGGGAAAAAAUCAAAUGGAAACAAGAAAAUCAAUAGUAAAAACGCUGGAAAUAAUGGGAAUAAUAGAGAAGGAAGAUGGGCAGAGCAUUUGCUUAACCCUUGUGCAGCUGCUAUCACUAUCGGAAACUUGUCUCGUGUGCAACACCUUCUCUAUGUUCUCCAUGAGCUCGCUUCGUCCACCGGAGAUGCUAAUCACCGGCUAGCGUUUUAUGGCCUUCGAGCCUUGAAUCAUCACUUAUCAUCUUCAACGACUUCUGCCUCUAUAGGGCCUAUAUCUUUUGCUUCCACGGAGCCAAAGUUCUUUCAACGAUCUUUAAUCAAAUUCUAUGAGGUAAGUCCUUGGUUUGCGUUUCCUAAUAACAUUGCUAAUUCUUCAAUCCUUCAAAUUCUUGCUCAAGAACUAGAUCACAAGCGCAAUCUUCAUAUUCUUGAUAUUGGGGUCUCCCAUGGUGUGCAAUGGCCUACACUUCUUGAGGCCUUAAGUCGCCGGCAAGGAGGACCUCCUCCUCUUGUACGCAUCACAGUCGUCACUGCCACCGUCGAGAAUGACCAAAACACCGAGACCCCAUUUUCAGUAGGCCCUCCAGGAGACAAUUUUUCCACUAGACUACUUAGUUUCGCCAAGUGCAUGAACAUCAACUUGCAAAUCAAUAGACUCGAUAACCAUCCCUUACAAAAUCUCAACGGACAAGUCAUGAACACCGACCCUGAAGAAACCUUGAUAGUUUGUGCUCAAUUUAGACUCCAUCAUCUAAAUCACAAUACCCCAGAUGAAAGAACCGAGUUCUUGAGAAUUUUGAGAGGUCUGCAGCCAAAAGGAGUGAUACUGAGUGAAAACAACACAGAUUGUAGCUGCAACAGUUGUGGGGAUUUUGCAACAGGAUUUUCAAGAAGAGUGGAUUACUUGUGGAAGUUUUUGGACUCAACAAGCUCAGCUUUCAAAGGCAGAGAGAGUGAAGAAAGAAGACUAAUGGAAGGAGAGGCAGCCAAAGCAUUAACCAAUCGUGGAGAGAUGAAUGAAGGGAAAGAAAAAUGGUGUGAAAGGAUGAGAAGGGUAGGAUUUGUAAGUGAGGUUUUUGGAGAGGAUGCUAUUGAUGGAGGUCGAGCUUUGUUAAGGAAGUAUGACAGUAAUUGGGAGAUGAGAAUAGAAGAAACAGAUGGAUGUAUUGGGUUGAGGUGGAAAGGGCUGCCUGUUUCUUUCUGUUCAUUGUGGAAGCUGGAUUUGAAAGGAAAUGAUAGUUAAGAACAGCUUCAUCUAUUCUGUUUCAGCUUUUCUUAUGUAAAUUCAAUUAAGGAAAAAAAGUUGUGCAGAGGCUGGUUCUUGCAGUCCUCUGUUUUUGUUCAAUGCUUGAUUUUUUGGUUGAACUAUGAAGUAUUUAGCAGAUUACUUCAAAAUGUGGCAGAUCAAGUUUGCCUUGUUC